GGAGUCUGGCUACUUGACUUGAUCCCGGUAAGGACCAUGUUCCUGUUUUCAUCACUUCCUGUCCUCCUUCUGUGUGUGGUGACAGCAUCCUACUCAGAAAUAAAAACCUGCGAGGAUGCCCAGAAGACCUGCUCAGUGAUUACCUGUGGCAUCCCGGUCACCAAUGGCACCCCAGGCAGAGAUGGGCGAGAUGGACCCAAAGGAGAAAAGGGAGAACCAGGGCCAGGUCUCAGAGGCUCGCAGGGCCCUCCAGGGAAAAUGGGACCUCCAGGAAAUAUUGGGAAGACUGGGCCUCUGGGACCAAAGGGCCAGAAAGGAGACCCUGGAGACACUUCAGGUGUUGAGGCUAAGCUGGCAAACUUAGAGGGACAGAUAAGGAUCCUGAAAUCGGAACUGGAUCAUGUCAAAAAGUUGCAAACCUUCUCCUUGGGCAAAAAGUCUAGGAAGAAGCUCUAUGUGACCAAUGGUGAAAUGAUGCCUUUUUCCAAAGUGAAGACUCUGUGUGCUGAGCUUCAGGCCACCGUGGCCACCCCUAAGAAUGCUGAGGAGAACAAAGCCAUCCAGGACAUGGCCCCCAACGUUGCCUUCCUGGGCAUCACAGAUGAGGUGACCGAAGGCCAGUUUAUGUAUGUAACGGGAGGAAGGAUGACCUACAGCAACUGGAAGAGUAAUGAGCCGAAUGACCAUGGUUCAGGGGAGGAUUGCGUGAUCCUCCAAAGAGACGGGCUCUGGAAUGACAUCUCUUGCUCUUCCUCCUUUUUGGCAGUCUGUGAAUUCCCAGCCUAAGGAGGCAGGCGCAGAUUUCUCCACCCGCUCCUUGGCUCCCUGCUGAGCUCUCUGCGGCUCUGAAAGAGAAUUCAAUGCCAC